UGUGUUACAGUCUUUGAUUUUAUUGUCCUAUUUAGACUCAUUUUUGCGGGGUAAAUUUUGAUUGGCAAAAAGACAGAAUGAUUUCAAAAUAUUUUCAUAGAAGUAAGCUGCUCACCACACACUAUCUGCUGAUGCAGGUGAUUAUCGAUCGACAUGUUCCCGCUGAGGCUGCCGGUGCUUCUCCUGCUGCUGAUCGUGCUGCUGCGCUCCGUAACCACCGCCCCGAGCCACAGGUACUUCAGCUCUUCCAGUGAGGAGGAAAGUGCUGUACCAGAUGGCUGGUUGGAUCCCGCGUUGAUGUCCAAUCCCUUCCUUGAGCUUCUGGGUGUGAGACCACGACGAGGGCUUACUGCGAUGAACAGUCACCACAUAGAAAAGAGAAAGUGCAACACAGCCACUUGCGUUACCCAACGGCUAGCGGACUUCCUGGUGCGCUCCAGCAACACCAUUGGAACCGUCUACGCACCCACCAACGUGGGAUCCGCCACCUACGGCAAGAGAGACCUACUUGUGCCGCCCGGCUACCUGCCUCUUUAGUAGCGUCUCCCAGUGUCCUGAUGAUAUAACCAGCUGUCUUGUGCAACAGUGAUUUGGGGAAUAUUGAGGAGUGCUCACUUUCACAUACGUAUGAUGAAGCAGUGCCUUUUGUGUCAUGGUUUAUUUAUGUUUUAGUUAUGUCUAAAAUGGCAUGCUGUGAAUAUAUAAAGAAUGCAAAUCAGAAAAUAUGAAAUAAAAUACGGUGCA